AUGGCGGCUGAGGCGCUCGUUCCCCGCGCCUACCAGGAGGACGUAACGAGGUCAGCGCUCGAGCGCAACGUGGUCGUGCGGGCAGACACGGGCAGCGGCAAGACCUUCAUUGCCGUGCUCCUCAUCCGCGCCAUCGCCGCCCAGCCCCGACAGAUCGACGACCACACCCUCAUCAUCUUCCUCACGCCGACAGUGACCCUCGUGCAUCAGCAGGCGAGCGUUCUCGAAGCUGCUACGACACUCAGAGUCAAGUCGUUUGUCGGUGCGAGCGGAGUCGACGUCUGGAAGACGGAACGCUGGCGAGAGGAGCUCUCGACUACCGACAUCGCCGUUCUUACUCCUCAGGUGUGGCUGAACGCCCUCUCCGCCGGCUACUUCGAUCUUCGGAACGUCUCGCUCAUGGUGUUCGACGAGGCCCAUCACGCUCAAAAACGCCAUCCAGCCGCUGAGAUUCUCCGACAGCACUACCACCCGCUCAAGCAACGAGGCGAGCGAGUCCCCAAGAUCCUUGGCCUGACCGCGUCGCCCAUCUGGAACGUCAAGCAACCUUGGAAGGCUGUCGCCGAGCUUGAGUCGAAUCUCGAUGCACGGAUCCUCGAGAUAUCGAGCGACCACCGAGCCGAGCUCGAAGCGCAUACGCCGUCCGCCCAAGAGCAGCUCGUCACGCACAGUCCAACUCCGCCCGACGUUGCCGCCGACGCUGGUCUUGCUCGCCUCCUCCUGUACAACGUGCCCGGUCCUCCCAAUGCCGAGCAAGCCGGUCGCUUCGAAAAACGACUCAUUGCGGCGUACCGCCUGUUCGGCACCGCUGGCGCGAGGCUCUUGCUCUAUGAGGCCACACCGACGACUCCGCCUGCUUGUGACAGUCCGGCGAUACUCUCCAGCACUUCGGACGAGCUCUCGCCGAAGGUCAAGGCUCUCGUCGCCUCGCUCGAGCCUUACAGCCGCGACCCGAACGCGCACAUCAUCGUCUUCGUCGAGCAACGCCAUCAUGCCUCGGUUCUUGUCGAGCUCAUCAAGCGCAUUGACUCGCUCCGAGGCUGGACCCGUCCGGCUGCUCUCGUCGGACAUGGAAGGGAAGGCUGGGGUCGCGGCAACGGUCCCGACUUGGCGGAGCUCGGCAUGGCCAUUUCAAGGAGCAGCAGGCGAUCGUGGCCGCGUUCCUACAACCUCGUCGUCGCGACCCGAGUCGCCGAAGAAGGGCUCGACAUCCAAAAGGUCAACGUCGUCGUUCGCUUCGACGCUCUGACGACCAUCACGGGCUACGUCCAGUCUCGCGGGCGAGCGAGGGCAUCCGACGCACGCUACAUCGUCAUUGCCGAGGAAGGUUCGCCCGAGGCGGCCAAGUACAAGGAGUACGUCGCGCAGGAAGCAGCUCUGCGCGACAUGUACGAACGGAGGGACGAGCUUCCAGACGACCCGCUCGAGCCGGAACUCGACAACCUGCCGACCUACUCGACCGCAAAAGGCGCGCUCCUCACCCAUCAAUCCGCUAUCCCGACUCUCGCCGAGUUCUUUCAGCUCUUGCGGUACGACGUCUGGUCGACGGUUGUCAAACCCGAGUUCGCUCUCAGCGCAGCAGGUCCGCCGUGGUUCGCGACGCUUACGGUCCCGAAGACGGCCGCUCUCGACAGAACCGUCUUCGUCUCGGACCCGAUGCCAACGAAGAAGGCAGCUAAGCAGCGCGCAGCCUUCGAAGUCUGCCUCGCACUGCAUCGCGCCGGAGCGCUGGAUGAUCAUCUCCUUCCGAUUCGCGAGAAGGCGGGCAAAGGUUCGAAAGAUGCGGACGGGCGCGAGGUUAACGUCGAGCCGAUCCCGGCCCACCUCGACCUCGAGCUGCCCAACAACUUCGGAAACGUCUGGAACUCGAAGCAAGCGUUCGUGCACGUCGUCGAGAUCAGCUUGCCAAAUAUCGACCAGCCUUGUCGCCUCGCGCUCGUCUCGGGGAGGGUCCUGCCCGCGAUUGAACUCCUCACCCUCUUCACCCGCGAGGGAACACCCUUUGCCGUCAAGGGCGUCGCCACCUCCUCGCACGACUGGCCGAGCGACGACGAGCGAGACGAGCGCCUUGCUCAACUCGAGGCGUUCAACCGAACCUGUACUCGUAUCGUCCUCAACCGCCGCAUUGAGGACGAUGUCUGCUUCUUUGCUCUCUGGGCUCCGGUCGACACUGCUGGCCAGAUCGACUGGGCGGCGCUCGACCGCGCCUUCUCCCCGCUCGACAUCGAGAAGGUCAAGCCCGGCGACCUUGUAGUUGUCCCGCUCCGCCGUCCUACUGCCCGCAUCGGUCGCUACCUGGAUGUCCGUACAGACGUCGACUCGACAUCCCCGACGCACGAAAUCGAGCCUGACUCGCCGACGUCGAAGCGCAAGCUGAUCGCCCGCUAUCCGGAUUACCACGUCUACCUCAAGGUUGCCUACGACUACCACGGUUCGAAGGAGGGCAUUCCAGAGCCGGUUGUCCGCUACGAGCCGCUCGACGUUCGCCCGCACAACGCUCUUGUCCCGCCAGAGCAGCGCUUCGAGCUGCAGCCGAAACCUUACGCUCACAACCGCAACUUCCCCGUCUCGAUGAUCCAGCAGACAACGCUACCUCUCGCCUUCUUCAGUGCCUUCUCCCUCGUUCCCUCGCUCAACCGAUCGUUCCUGGAGACUGCCGCCGCCGUCGACACCGUUCAACGCUUCGAUCUUCCCGCCAAUCCACCGUUAACGCUGGUACAGGCCCUCACGGCGCCCUCGUGCUGCCGAGGAUUCGACUACCAGCUGCUCGAGACGCUGGGCGACUCGGCGCUGAAAGUCGCAACUUCGAUCCACAUCUACCUUGAGUAUCCUCGCGGCGACGAGAACCGACUCACGCGUCUGCGCGAGAACUCGGUCGGCAACCUGUUCCUCCGUCGUCGAGCGAUCGACACCGGCUUCGCGUCCAGCAUCAUCCCCUACACUCUGCGGAGCUCGACCUUUGUACCGGAGACUUCCGACGACGCCGAUGUGUCUGCGGACGGAUUGAGCAUCAAGAAACGCCUCUCGCGUCGCCUGCUCUCAGACGUCGUUGAGGCCAUUCUCGGCGCGGCCGCCCUCGUCUCGUUCGACACCGCCAUGCAAGUCGGUGACCGUCUUGGGCUCUGCUUCGGCGGCAUCACUCCGUGGAGCGACAGACCGUCUGGCAAGUCCGUCCUCGCCAACUUGAGCCAAGCAGCCGGACCUGCCUUCCGCAAGAUCGAGGAGGCUUUCGGAUACCGCUUCGAGCGUGGAGGACAGCUCUUGAAGCAAGCUCUCACGCAUCGCUCCUUCGUCGACCAGUCCGCCAGCUUCUAUGAGCGCGAGGAAUACCUCGGCGACAGCCUGCUCGACUGGUGGACGACGCUCCGACUGUACCAGCUUUUCCCGAACUCGACACCCGGCAAGCUCAGCUACGUCCGCUCGAUGCUGGUCUCGAAUGGCGUGCUCGCCCUUCUCGCCGUCAAGAAGCUCGACCUCCACAAGAUGAUCUUGCACUCGUCUCCGCCGCUCGAGACGGCGCUGCGAGAAGCGGCCGAACAGGGCAAGCGUUUCGAGUACGCAGAUGUGCCGACUGGCGCCUUGACUUGGCUUUGGGAUCCUCCGAAGGUCCUUGGCGACGUCCUCGAAGCCCUUCUCGCUGUGGUCUUCCUUGACUGCGGCAUGCAACUCGAGCCGGUUCUCGAGGUACUCGACCGCCUCUACGCCGACAUCAUGCCGCACAUCAAGGAAUCGGAUGCUCGCGACCCGUACUCGCGGUUCUUGAUCUGGAAGGCCAAGCGAGGCUGCACGCACCUCUCACUGAAGGUCACUUCGCUCACAGACACCGCCCCAACCCUCCCCAAGUCGCCCUACAUGUCCGCGCGCAUCCUCAUCCAACCGACCUAUACCGCUCUCGUCACUUUCCACGGCGAGAUCCGCGCUUCGCAGACCAGCUCAUCGAAAGCGGUCUCGCGGCAACUCGCCGCGAAGGCGGCGCUUGAGGUGCUCGCGGGAGAGGCGGGAGCGAGAUGUGACUGCGUCAAGGAGAAGGCCAAGAAGCCGAUCGAGGAGGAUGAGGGAGCCGAUCAGGACGGGAGCGAUGGUGGCGCCUCCAGCGAGCAGUCUACCAACUCCGCCCUUGUCGUGUUCGACGAGGAGACAAAGGAGGAGGAAGAGCAGACGGAGGCGGCUGAAGCGCAGGAUGAAGCGAUCGACUUGCUCGUGCGCAUCCGCGAGUACUGA